AUGUUCUUUUGCUCUUUUAUGUUUAUUGUUCUUCAACUUAUUUUCUGUACUGCUUGGGAUGUUGAGGAUGGUGAAGUCUUCAACAAUUCGUUGGCUACAAAUACGACGGGAAUGCCUGAAUUAAACAAUACAUACCAAAUGGGAAUUUUGGGUAAUGAUGGGAUUGUUGGAGAAGAGAAUAUGAUGGGAACUUUCAAUUUGGAGAACAUCAGCACUACUGGAAAACCUGCUAAUUCCACCAGCGAUGAUGUCUGUCCGUUUGUGGGCUGUGUUGUGUUCUUUACUGUUGUUGGUUUUAUUGUUGUUAUUUUGGCAUUCGCUGUUCUUUCAGCUGCUAUUUGUCUUUAUGCAAAACGCAAAGCGCCUUCGGUUUUGCCUCAAAAUGUUAAUAAUUGAAUUGCUUU